UUGCUUCUUAAAGGAACACUUCAUUUGAAGGUAAUAGUUUUGACAUUAAUUAGUGAAAGUUAGCUUUGUCAUUCUUUUUGUAUUCUUGUGAAUGAUGUAUUAUUUUAAAAGCAGUUUAACUUUAAUAUGGCAUAUCAAAUAAUGUCCCCCACAGUGAGGAUCUCUAUCACUGCAUGACUGAGCAGGAUGUUGUGCUCAGAACACUAAAUUAUUGUGUUGACACACUGCUGUUUUUUUCUGUGACAAAAUGCAUAUCACUGUAUAUUAAAGCAACAGUUGGUCCCUUUUCCCUUUGUACAGUUUUGUACAUGCAAUGCUAUCAUUUGAGCACAGAUAAGAGUAUCUUUGAAAAUCUGAUAAGUAAUAAAGACAAACUGUGGUAAUAAACACUAAGGUGCUGUAAAAGUUAAACAGAAACACUUUGCACUCAGUGUGUUGUCAGCCUCGCUCUGUUUUAUUUCUUUUGGUGGAGGAUUAGUGAAGUGCUGCGGUACGUUUUUUGCUUCUAUCUCGGCACCAUGAAAAGCCAAGACCAUGAAAAGCUCAAUUUGAAGAGGGAGGUAGGGUUAAUCAGUGCGGUAUCUCUGGUGGCGGGCAAUAUGAUAGGAUCAGGGAUUUUUAUGUCCCCACAGACUGUGUUUUCUAACAUAGGAAGCGCUGGAGCUUGUUUGAUAAUCUGGGCCAUGUGUGGCCUGGUGGUGUUGGGCGCUGCACUGUCUUAUGCUGAGCUGGGCACUCUCAUCAGAGAAUCUGGGGGCGACUUCAUCUACGUCCUGAGAAUCUAUGGACCCUUCCCUGCAUUCUUUAUAGCAUUCACGUUCCUGACCGUGGUGGGUCCGUCAGGUGUAUCAGCUAUUGCCCUGGGUUUUGCCAAGUAUGCUGUGGCUCCUUUUUAUCCAGGCUGCGCACCACCUACAUUGGUGGUGAAGUGUACCGCUGCGGCUUGCAUUUUGGUGGUGGCUACAGCCAACAUCCUGAACGUUCGCUUUACCAUGGCCAUUCAGGUUGUUUUCAUGGUGGCCAAAGUGGUGGCUCUCACAGUGAUAGUGAUUGGGGGUAUAGUGACCAUGGCUCAAGGUAGCUUAGAAAGCCUUAGCAGUUCAGACAUUGCUUUUGAGGGCACAAAGUUGGGGAUCAGUCCCAUUGGAAUGGCUCUGUAUCAGGGCUUGUGGUCCUAUGCAGGGUGGUACAGCUUAAACUUUGUGACUGAGGAGGUCAAAAAGCCAGAGGUAAAUCUACCUAGGGCAUUAAUGAUUGCCAUCCCCAUGGUAACAGUCCUCUACCUGCUGGUCAAUGUGAGUUAUCUGGCUGUCAUGACUCCAAGAGAGAUGGUGUUUUCCAGUGCUGUGGCUGUUACGUGGGGGAAUAAGGUGCUGGGAGGCUGGGGCUGGGUGAUGUCUGUUGCAGCAGCUCUGUCAUCUUUUGGUUCUCUCAAUGGCUCCUUCUUCAGUGGAGGACGAGUUUGCUUUGUAGCUGCCAGAGAGGGACAUAUGCCUGAUAUCUUGGCCAUGGCUCAUGUGCGACGCCUCACUCCAUCUCCAGCUCUCAUCUUCACCACCAUCAUCUCCCUCAUUGUGCUCAUCCCUGGAGACUUUGAGGGAAUAGUGAACUUCUUCAGCUUUACAGCCUGGUUCUUCUAUGGAGUCACAUUAUCAGGACUUCUUUACCUAAAAAUCAAGAAACGUGAUCUUCCUCGGACAUACACGGUCCCCAUAAUUAUCCCCAUCCUGGUACUGCUGGCAGCAGUGUUCCUCGUUCUUGCACCCAUCAUUGAUAACCCUCGGAUCGAGUACCUGUACGUGACCAUCUUCGUCCUCAGUGGAGUUAUAAUUUAUGUUCCAUUCAUUCACUACAAACUGUUCCCAGGCCUCCUGAACAAACUCACAGUGGUCCUCCAGCUCUUCCUGGAGGUGGCGCCAGUUGAUAAAAACGUGUGACGUUCUAGGGCCUUCCGGAUUUGAAGACAUUACUUCUCAGCUGCUUCCUCCAUUCAGUACUAAGAAUUUCAAAGUAUGUCUGUUUUUUAUUAACACUGCUUUAUUAGUUAGUGCUGAGUCAUAAUUUUUCAUUUAAAUUCAGUUAAAUAAUGAAGUUAAAUAUGCAUGACUUUCUGUACUUGAGCUAGAAACGCUCAUGGGUCAUGUGGUAGUCCUCAAAAAUAUGAUUUGUCAUCAAAUAUAUAAUAGUUUUUUAAAUAUAUUAUUUUUUCCUAAUUCAUACUGUGUUUCCUAACAGCCAUUGAAGAAACCUUUAGGCACUGUCGAAAAUAUACAUUUCUGAUUUCUUACAUUUAGAUAAAUAUAAGAAAAAACGAAGGGACUAAAAAGAGAAACUACGUAUGUCAUUUCAAAUGUUGUUGAUAUUUUGACUAAUUCUGUGUAAAACAGUUAUCAUUAAAAUGACUUUCUGACUCUCUAAAC